CAAUAACAAAACCAGGAAAUAGAUUAGAUUAGAUCAGAUCUAAUGAAUCAUAGAACCCAUUUGAUGAUUGUGAAAAUAACUGGUCAUGUUCUUGAAGAAGACAUCCCCAUUGGAUGGCAGCCUGUCUGCACCUCUCUGUUCCCUAAGCAUUAUUUUACUCACCUGCAGCAAUUCCUCUAAACUCCAUUACUACCCUUGUCGGCUUUGCCUCUCCCUUCUUUUAUAAUAAGCUUCUUCUGGGCAUUUUGGUCAUCUUUGGACUGCCAACUGCAUUUUUAACAUUAAAUUCGCUUGAAAUUGCAAUGAAAUUCAUUGCAACUUAUUUGGGUCUACAGAUCAAUUAUCAACCCAGACCAAUGAUUUCAAUUAUUUAUGCUCAUUUCUUCUGAGUUGCAUCUGAGAAACUCCAUUUCUCAUUUCUCAGCUUCAGGAGCCCCAUGUCCAAGAUGGAGAUGAACAGGGUUUCUCCAAUACGCAUCCUUGUUUUCAUAGCUGCACUCUUGGCUGCUUCUUCCUCUUCUUCUUCAUCUGCUGAUGAUUCGAAAGUGACUUUCGCAGAUAUGUUCGAAAUGUCUUGCCCCGAUGACCAUUUUAAAACCUCUGAAGAUGGCCAGAUCUGGCAUUUGUCCCUUGACAAAGAUGCAGGGUGUGGGUUUCAGACAAAGGAGCGAUAUAGAUUUGGUUGGUUCAGCAUGAAACUGAAGUUAGUCGGAGGUGACUCUGCCGGAGUUGUCACAGCUUAUUACAUGUGCACAGAGAAUGGGGCUGGACCGGAGAGAGAUGAGCUAGAUUUCGAGUUCUUGGGGAACAGGAGUGGGCAGCCAUAUCUGAUUCAGACGAAUGUGUACAAGAACGGGACUGGGAACCGCGAGAUGAGGCACAUGCUGUGGUUCGACCCCACGAAAGACUUCCAUACCUAUUCCAUUCUCUGGAACAGCCACAGGAUUGUGUUUUAUGUGGACAGAGUGCCAAUAAGGGUGUACAUGAACUCAGAUAAACCGAACAACUUCUUCCCGAACGAGAAGCCCAUGUAUCUGUUCUCGAGCAUCUGGAAUGCAGAUGAUUGGGCGACCAGAGGCGGACUGGAGAAGACGAACUGGACAAAGGCGCCAUUUGUAUCCUCGUACAAGGACUUCAGCGUAGAUGCGUGUGAAUGGGAAGACCCAUAUCCCAAAUGCGUAUCGACGACGACAGAGAACUGGUGGGAUCAAUACGAAGCUUGGCAUCAAUCGGAAUCUCAGAAAAUGGACUACGCUUGGGUUCAGAGGAACCUUGUAAUCUACGACUAUUGCAAGGAUACGGAGAGGUUCCCCACUUUGCCUUGGGAGUGUUCUUUAAGUCCAUGGGAUUGA